AUGGAGGCGGCACAGGUGGCCCAACAGGCGUAUGAGCAACAGCAACCAGCCGCAGCGAGUGCAGCGCGUUGGGUCAAGGCCAAGCUGGCGGAUCAGGCAGCAAGUGCGGCAAUGACAGCUGAAGCGGCGCUGAGCAGCAAAGAGGAAGCGCUGCAGCAAGUGCUAGCUGAAAUUUGUGAGGCCAAGAAGACGCUGCGCAUGGAAAAGGAUUCCGUGCAAUGCUAUCAAAGCAAUUACGAGGCUGCCAAACUGGGCGUAGACCAGGGACGGCAGGUGGUCUGCAGCUUGAAAACAGCAGCUCAGCUAGCAAAACGCUAUGAGCACUACGCCAAGAACUCUGAGCAUAGCAUAAACCUGGCUCUGCAACAGAAGCAACAGCUAUUGGCUACUGCCCGAAAAUAUAUUAAACUGCUUAGCAAAAAAUUAAAUAUCGCCCGCCAAGAGCUUUGUGAUACCAAAAGAGCAGCCUACAGAGCACUUGUUACAGCCGCAGAGGCGCGUCGAAAAGUGGAUGAAUAUGUUUCGAGGCAAACGAGACAAAGAAGCAACAACGAUCGAUGUCACAAAAAGCGAGAAAAACUAAGAAGCAAUUAG